CAAAACGAAAGGAAAACAAAGCAGAAAAGAAAAACAAAACAAGAAGAUGGGUCCAGAAUUACCUACUGAUCCCGGAGAACUGGAUCAAUUCUCUACGCCUGCCAUUCCCCAUCCUGGCGAGACAGAGACCGAUGACAGUGACGAUGCCUAUAAUGGAUACGAACCCCUGGCAAUGGAAGACGAGCCUCAAGCGGCAGCAUCUGCAGUUCCCACUUCACCUGAAGAUGACGACAAAAAUAUUGAUUUGACCACAGCGAAAGUGACACAUGGGGAUCCCAAUAUGCCGCCCAUUGAACCUGUCGACACCGAAAUCGAACGUCAAGUGUGGAACGAGCCUCGUCCAAGAGAACUUGAAAUUGAGCUCGAUAAAACAAAAACCGAUCAGAUUCUGAGUGCCAUGUCAAAGAUUACAUUACCGAAUAUAACAGUGCCCGAUUGGGCCAAGGGUGUACCAGAAGAAAGUUGGAAACAGGAGCUGCUUGAUCGCAUACAAAACAGGCAACAGCAGCAGAAAAAAGAUGCAUUCCCCUCUUCCUCCUCCUCAACCAGUAAAUAGUUUAUUUAAAUUUAUAUGUAUUUAAUUAGGAAAAAUCGAACACCAAUAUACAAUUUAGACUUGGUUCUCAAAAUGCAGCCAAUAGA